AUGACCUCUUGGCCGACAGUAUUUGGUUUAGUGUUCGAGUAUGCCCCGCUUCCCUUCCUACUCGAGUGUGGUGCUGUUGAGCUAGGUGAGACGCCAGUUAGGGAGAUGUUACCCUCCCCUUCCUACUCCGGUGUGGUUACCGCGGCGAGAAUCUCAGUCGUGAUUGUACUGGCAUUGGUGAGCUUAGCCACAGUGGACGCUAUGAAUCAGCGUCUAAGUUCGAACUCUUUGAAAUUUCAGGCCAUCAAUUGCCGAAAACACUCGGCAUUGCUAACGGAGUUUGGCGGCGUCGGCGAUGGAGUAACUUCAAAUACUAACGUGUUUCGAAAAGCGAUUGAACAUCUCAGCACACUUGCGGCGGAUGGUGGUGCGCAAUUGAUCGUGCCGCCGGGGAAAUGGCUGACAGGAAGUUUUAACCUGACUAGCCAUUUCACACUUUUUAUUGAUAAAGAAGCAAAAAUUCUUGCAUCCCAGAAAGAAUCAGAAUGGCCACUUGUAGAAGUUCUCCCAUCUUAUGGGAGAGGAAGAGAUGCUCCGGGUGGACGGUACAACAGCCUCAUCUUUGGAACUAAUCUCACCGAUGUGGUUAUCACAGGUAACAACGGUACAAUCGACGGGCAGGGAUCUUCUUGGUGGGAAAAAUUUAAGAAAGGGGAACUCAAGGAAACACGACCAUAUCUGAUCGAGAUCAUGUACUCUGAUCAAGUUCAGAUAUCGGAUCUCACUUUGAUCAACUCACCUUCUUGGUUUGUCCAUCCAAUUUAUAGCAGAAAUGUGAUUAUCCAAGGGCUUACUAUCCUGGCUCCCGUCACUGUACCUAACACUGACGGAAUCAAUCCAGAUUCUUGUUCCAACAUUCGAAUCGAAGAUUGUUACAUUGUCUCCGGUGACGAUUGCAUCGCCAUCAAGAGCGGAUGGGACCAAUAUGGUAUCAAGUUCGGAAUGCCGACUGAGUACCUUGUCAUUCGCCGCCUCACUUGCAUCUCACCAGAUUCUGCAGGUAUUGCCCUUGGUAGCGAAAUGUCUGGCGGAAUCCGCAACGUCAGGAUCGAAAACGUCACUGCAAUCAAUACACAGUCUGCUGUCAGAAUCAAAACUGCUCGCGGACGAGGUGGUUUCGUCAAGGACAUUUUCGUCCGAAGAAUGUUUCUAUCCACGAUGAAAUACGUCUUCUGGAUGACUGGAGACUACAAAUCUCAUGCAGAUGACAAGUUUGAUCCCUCAGCAUUGCCGGUGAUUAAGAACAUUAAUUACAGAGACGUGGUGGCUGAGAAUGUUAAUAUGUCGGCAAAUUUGGCAGGGAUAUCGGGAGAUCCAUUCACGGAUAUUUGUAUGUCGAAUGUGAAGAUUGGAUUGUCGAAGAAGCCUAAAAAGUUGCAGUGGAACUGUACAGAUGUUGAGGGAUUUAGUAGCGAUGUGGAUCCGCCGCCAUGUGCUCCACUGGCUAAAGCAGCGAAAAGUGGUGGAUGUGACUUUCCUGAGGAUAAGCUGCCAAUUGAGAAUGUUCAGUUGAAGUCAUGCUCAGUUGAAAUUCCUGCCUUUUGA